CGAGGCACUCCCGCUCCCCCUCUUCCCCACCCCUGGUGAAAACUGCGGGCUGCGAGCAGGGUGCAGCAACUGGAGGUGGCGGUGGUGCAUCAGGAGGAGGCUGCAGCUACAGAGCACCAAAGUCCAGUUGUCUCCACCCCAGAAUCCAGGACGGAGUUCUUGGCACCAUGAACCCAACCAUCAGCAUCACUCUCCUGAUAGCAGUCUUGCAGGUGUCCCAAGGACAGAAGGUGACCAGCCUGACAGCCUGCAUGGUAGACCAGAGCCUUCGUCUGGACUGCCGUCAUGAGAACAACACCAACUUGCCCAUCCAGCAUGAGUUCAGUCUGACCCGAGAGAAAAAGAAGCAUGUGCUUUCUGGCACCCUUGGAGUGCCGGAACACACAUACCGCUCCCGGAUCAACUUCUCCAGCAAGCCCCACAUAAAGGUCCUCACCUUGGCCAACUUCACCACCAAAGAUGAAGGCAUCUACACGUGUGAGCUUCGAGUCUCUGGUCAAACUCCCGGGGUCUCCAAUCAAAAUGUUUCUGUGCUUAGAGACAAGUUGGUCAAGUGUGAAGGCAUAAACCUACUGGCUCAGAAUACCUCGUGGCUGCUGCUGCUCCUCCUCUCUCUCUCCCUCCUCCAAGCCACGGAUUUCAUUUCUCUGUGACUGGUUGGGUCCAUGGAGAAACAGGAAGCCUGAAGGCCCAGUACAAAGAUCCUGCUUCUCUGAGUUAGCUGACUCCCUCCCCCUAAUCCCUCGAAUGCCUUGGGGAGAAACAGGGAGUCUGUCCCUCAUAAGGAAAUCUCAGUGCUGCAUGCUGUCACCUACCCCUCCCUGCCACUUCACCUCUCUGCAUCCCCCUGGCUGUCUUUUUGUACUCUGUUCCAGGGCUGCUUCUGUCUAUUUAUUUAGCAUUUGCCCUUCCUUUUCUCUUGGAGUUUGCAACAAAGGAAGCCAGGAUUGGAGAUCUGAUGGAGAGUAAGGGCAUAGGAUGGGUAGUGGGGUGAUGGGAUACUAAUCCUUGAGGGGCCAUUCUUGUCAACCAGGCAAGAGGUCUGAAAAAGACCUAGAUGAAGGAGUUGGGGUGUCUGGGCUAGUGCAGUCAUACGCUUGCUGAAACUACUGUCCAGCAGGCAGGGAGGGUGCCUCAAGAUCAUAGAUAUCAGAGCACUGCUGAGCAUGUGUUCCCCUUCCAAUGAGGUUGAGAACUGAGAUUCUACAAGAGCAUUCUCAGCCACCACGUAAAAGCCCUUUCCUACCACUGGGGCUCCUAGCCAGGGCACACUCAGUGAAAUGCAGGUUCAGCCUGGGAAUGUUGGAAAAGGGAGUAGGAGGUAAGGGGCCAUCCCCACUCACCUAAAACAUGAGCCUGCUGUCCCUUACUGCUACAGCCAGUAGCUAAAAGGGUGGCAAAGGAGGUCCAGCCCCCUCUCCAGCUAUCCCAAGCUCCCAAGAACUUCUAGAACUCUGACUAGGCCCUAAGUCAGUAUAGGAAAGGAGUCCUGGAGCCACCCAGACUGACUCAGCUUGCUAAGGGAGAUUCUUCAUUCUUUCCUUUGCCCCUUGGUGCCAGCCCUUCUGGCUAUCCUUGAGCCCCAGACAAUCAGAACCUUGCACUCUGCCUCCUCUGAGACUUUGUGGGGCUGGAGACAGAUCAUGGAGUGAGACCUGGGGUGCACACUCCUUGGAAGAUUGCUUAUCUUAACACUCACCUCGCCAAGCAGCUCUGCCUGUCCUGUCACCACGUACAGUCCUGUCCACAGCUUAUAGCAUUUCACUGAGGAAAAAGAAAUGCACAAUAAAACCAAGUCUCUGGAGUCUG